GCCAUGAACGCGUCCUGCUGCCCGCCCUCGGCUGCGCGCCCCCCGCCACCCAAUGGCUCCGUGCUCCUUGCACCCUCGGCCCUGGGCAACCGGAGCAGCAGCGAGUUCUGCGAGCAGGUCUUCAUCAAGCCCGAGGUCUUCCUAGCCCUGGGCAUCAUAAGCCUGCUGGAAAACGUCCUGGUGAUCGUGGCUGUGGUCAGGAACGGCAACCUGCACUCGCCCAUGUACUUCUUCCUCUGCAGCCUGGCGGUGGCCGACAUGCUGGUGAGCGUGUCCAACGCCCUGGAGACUGUCAUGAUUGCCGUGGUCCAUAGCAACGCGCUGGCCUUCGAGGACCAGUUCAUCCAGCACAUGGACAACAUCUUCGACUCCAUGAUCUGCAUCUCGCUGGUGGCCUCCAUCUGCAACCUGCUGGCCAUCGCGGUGGACAGGUACGUGACCAUCUUCUACGCCCUGCGCUACCACAGCAUCAUGACGGUGCGGAAGGCCCUGGCCGUGAUCGCGGGCAUCUGGGUGUGCUGCGGCGUGUGUGGCGUGGUGUUCAUCGUCUACUCCGAGAGCAAGAUGGUCAUCGUGUGCCUCAUUACCAUGUUCUUCGCCAUGAUGCUGCUCAUGGGCACGCUGUACGUGCACAUGUUCCUCUUCGCGCGGCUGCAUGUCAAGCGCAUUGCGGUGCUGCCCCCCGCCGAUGGGGUGGCCCCGCAGCAGCACUCCUGCAUGAAGGGCGCCGUCACCAUCACCAUCCUGCUGGGCGUGUUCAUCUUCUGCUGGGCCCCCUUCUUCCUCCACCUGGUCCUCAUCAUCACCUGCCCGGCCAACCCCUACUGCAUCUGCUACACCGCCCACUUCAACACCUAUCUGGUCCUCAUCAUGUGCAACUCCGUCAUCGACCCCCUCAUCUACGCCUUCCGCAGCGGGGAGCUCCGCAACACCUUCAAGGAGAUUCUCUGUGGCUGCGCCGGCGUGAGCUUGAGAUAG